ACCACGCAGACCGCAGUCGGCCACCGCGUCUCGGACUGUUUACUUACUUCUACUGCGCACAUUGUCCCAUAAAAUAAAUAACCCAGAGCGUAAUCUUUAUUUUGAUAAAGUUUUCGCGUUAUCAAAUGAUGCUUAUAAUUUGUGUUGAUUAUGAAUGACUACGUCAUAGGUCAGCCCACGGUCUUCUUAUCGUUUGCUCUUUAUAUAUGUUUGUGCUGAAGAUACAGCGAAGUCAGUUAACUCGCAGCGAGCAACGCUCAUACUUAUUUAAAUUGUGAAAGUAUAUAUUACAAUAAAUUAAACAAUAUUCGAACUUUAUUUCUUAUUCGAUAUCAAAUAAUUCGAAAGUGAUAAUAUUUUGUGAUUAUUUUAAGAGUGUUAAUAUAAUAGUGUUUUAAAAAUGCCAGUUCGCCGCAGUAAGGUAUUGUUAGUGAAAUGGAUAUUCGAGAACCAGCACAAGCUGCAGACAGUGCGAUGGUGCAGCUCGUCGCUGCGGUACAAGGAGCUGGAAGAGAGUGCGCAGGCGCUUGAGCACGUGGCGCCCCACGCGGCAGCGGCGGCGCCCGACGUCAAGCCACGCCCCUACAGGGCGCCAGAAACUUCCUUCAAGCACGAUGACUUACAAGUGACUCUUGCGGCGCCCUACCAGCUGCAGCGUAAGCCGGACGCGCCCGAUCUGGGCUUCGGCAAAUAUUUUACAGAUCACAUGCUUAAAAUACAAUACCACAAACAAUUAGGCGGAUGGCAGAAACCAGAAAUUACGCCUUUCGAGCCGCUGAGCAUCCACCCAGCCGCCAAAGCCUUGCACUACGCGAUACAGCUAUUUGAAGGUUUAAAAGCGUACAGAGGUGUCGAUGAUAAAAUCCGAUUGUUCAGGCCGGAUUUAAAUAUGCGACGGAUGAACCUCGCUGCGGAGAGGUCCGGCCUCCCAAUGUUCGACGGCGACGAGCUAAUUAAAUGUAUUAAACGAUUAAUUCAAAUCGACCAGGAAUGGGUUCCACAUUCUGAAACAUCUACUCUAUAUAUAAGACCAACAUUAAUAGGAACAGAGGCCACAUUUGGUAUUAUGGCGCCAGAGUCCGCACUAUUGUUCGUAAUUCUGAGUCCAGUGAGCGCGUACUACAAGGCGAGCGACGACGGCGCGGUGUCUAUCUACGCGGACCCAAGCGUGGUGCGCGCCUUCCCCGGCGGCGUCGGCAAUAGAAAAGUCGGAUCGAACUAUGGCCCUACGAUCGACGCGACAGCUCGUGCGGCGCAAAUGGGCCAUCACCAAGUAUUAUGGCUGUUCGGGCCCAAUCAUGAGUUAACUGAAGUUGGUGCUAUGAACAUAUUCAUGGUCUACAUCAACGAACACGGAGAAAAACAACUAAGCACGCCUCCACUAAACGGCCUCAUUUUACCCGGAGUGACGCGACAGUCGAUCUUGGAGUUGGCCAGCGAGUGGGAUGACCUCACGGUGAAGGAGGAAGUCAUCACCAUGGACCGAGUUAUCGAGCUCAACAAUUCAGGACGGUUGCUCGAAAUGUUCGGUUCGGGCACGGCGGUGGUUAUCAGCCCGAUCAGUCGCAUGGGCUUCAUCGACCAGGAGAUAUACAUACCCACCAUGAAGCAGACGCGCCCCGUCUUCCAAAGGAUCAAGGACACGUUGCUCGCCAUCCAGUACGGCCACAUAGAGCACCCGUACUCCCACGUCAUCUCAUAGUGCUACACAAUCGCACAGCGAAGUAUAACACAUUGACUGCUGUACAGUGAUUAUUAUAAAGUGAUAUUGGGCCCUCGAAACAAUCGUGACGAACAUUCCGCUAUUAAAAAUAGCGCUUCGGAAUACGGGCCCGUAAUUUGUAAGAUGUUUUAUUACGUUAAUGAUAACUUUGACGUCGUUAAGGUUAUCUGAAUUCGUUAAAUAAAUAUAGUUAUUUAAUAGCGGUAAGUUAGAACAGGAAAGUAGAUGAGGAGCAUUUAUGAUACUGCCAUCGUACGAUAUCAAAUUUCGUUAAGAUAAUUUUUAUUUUUCUAUUAACGAAAAGCUGUUGAUUUAUAAAUAUUUAUGUUAUAAAACUAAUAGUUGAAGUAAUGGUAUCAGAAUGUUGCGGACCUUGUUUUACUCGGUAGCCGUGUAUUAUUGAAAUAGAAUAAAUAGUUGUCGCCAGGCGUGGAGAAUAAUAAUAUCUUUAUAUAGAAAUUCAGUCCAAGGUGUUUGUCUGUUAUAGUAUAAAGUUUCUUGUAAGAUAUUCCUAUAGAACGGAGUGUAUAAACAUUAUCAUAUCAAUGCAAUAACUCUCAACAGAGCCGUUGUAAACAACAUGUCACUUUCCUAGAAUUGUUAUUAAUUAAUAUUUGUAAAAUACACUUUAUCUGUCAACAAUAAGAACAAAAAUGUGUUGUUAUUCCUUGUUCGCUCUCCU